GAACUACCGCUCCCAGCGCGCUCCGCGGCGCGGCGCCAUCUUGCCGGCGGCAGCUCGGGCCGGGGGUGGCCGGGCCAUGGCGCUGUUCCCGGCCUUCGCCGGGGCCGCCCAGCCCGGGGAGCCCGCCGCCGGCAGCUCCGAGGGCUCCACGAGAGAGUUGGACUGGCUUAGCAACCCAAGCUUCUCUGCAGAAGAUGCACUGUUACUGCACCAGCGCACUACAGAAGCUGCCAGCCUCACUCCUGAAAAAUCCCCAUUAAUAAGGACUUCCUCAAGAUCUGAGUUGUCAGAGGAGAGUGAUACAGAUGAGAGUCUGAAACAGACAAGUAAGAAAAGGAAAAAGAAAAAGAAAAAGCAUCACCACAGUAAGAAGACAAAAAAGAAAACCAAAGGGGAUUCCAGUAGCAGUGAAUCAGAGGUGGACACUAAGCACAUCAAGGACAAAGGAAGUGGCAAAAGUAGUGAAAAGGAAGCAGCAGCAAAUCUAGGUAAGAAAGCAUCAGGUGUUGCCAGCAGUGGCUCUAUUUGGCUGGAUGAUAUCCAGGACCCCAGAGCAGACACCUUCCGGAUAGACAAGAAACCUGACCCUGCAAACUGGGCCUACAAAUCCUUGUAUCGUGGGGACAUAGCAAGGUAUAAAAGGAAAGGGGAGUCCUGUCUUGGCAUAGAUGCAAAGAAACAGUGCAUAAUUUGGGACAGUUCUGCAUCAAAAAGGAAGCAAGCACAGAGUCGACCUGAGCGCUACUUUACCAAGAGCAAUGUGAAGAUGCUGAACACAGAUGGGAUUCUUGUUUGUAAUAAAAAUUCUCCAUCUGAUCCACCUGCUUUUAUACCAGUUUCCCAAGUGGAAACUGAUGAUUCUUCUGACACAACAGAAGUAAAUCCUCUUGGCAUUUAUGAUCCAUCAACCACAGUGUGGCUACAAGGAAAAGGGUGCAAGAGUGCAGACAAUGAGUCUGUAAAUACACAGCAAACAAGUCAAGAGCCUGGGAUAAACAUGAACUCCAGUCUAAUGACAAAAGUGGAAGAAUAUAACAAGAAAGUUAGAGAAAACCCAAGAGAUAUUAAUGCUUGGAUGGAAUUUAUUUCCUUUCAGGAUGAAUUAAUGAGAGGACCUAGCCCUUAUGCCAGUACAGGAGAGCAGGAAUUAAGGAGAAAAUCACUGAAGUUAAUCUUGGAAAAGAAACUGGCCAUUUUAGAGAGGGCAAUUGAAAGCAAUCCAAGUAAUGUUGAUCUGAAACUUGCCAGGCUGAAGCUUUGCACAGAAUUCUGGGAACCACCAGCUGUGAUCAAAGAAUGGCAGAAGCUAAUUUUUUUACAUCCAAAUAAUCCAGAGAUGUGGAAGAAAUACCUUCUGUUCUGUCAAAGUCAGUUCACUACCUUUUCUGUUUCAAAGAUCAACAGUCUCUAUGGAAAAUGUUUGACAACACUGGCAGCUGUACAGGAUGGCAGCAUGGUAUCCCAUCCUCUGCUGCCUGGCACUGAAGAAGCUAUGCUGGCUAUAUUUAUUCAGCAAUGCCACUUUCUGAGACAGGCUGGCCAUUCUGAGAAAGCAGUGUCUUUGUUUCAGGCUCUGAUUGACUUCACCUUCUUUAAACCUGACAGUGUAAAAGAUCUGCCAACAAGGGGACAGGUGGAAUUCUUUGAACCCUUUUGGGAUAGUGGAGAACCACGAAUUGGAGAAAAAGGAGCAAGAGGCUGGAAAGCAUGGAUGCACCAACAAGAAAAGGGUGGCUGGGUCAUUCUUAAGCCUGAUGAUGAAGAUGAGGAAGACAUAGAUGAAGAUCAAGAAAUAAAAGAUAAAACUCUUCCCAAGUGGCAUAUUUGGCUGGAUGUUGAAUGUUCCCGGGAGGCAAGGCAUUGGUUACCUUGGAGGCCAGACAAAACCAAAAAGGAAACUGAAGAAGAUUGUGAAGAUCCAGAAAGACAGGUGUUAUUUGAUGAUCUUGGACCAUCUUUAAUCCGUCUUUCUAAUCCAAAGCUUCAACAUCAGCUAUUGUACUCUUUUUUGCAAUUCCUGGGAGUUCCAUGUACAAGUAAACUCUUUCCUUCCGGUCUCUAUAUUGCCAUGGAUGAGAAUAACAUCUUUGAGAGUGUGCUUUAUGAUGACAAACCACUGACUUCUGUGGAUUUUCCACUUUCUGGAUUCAACAGUAUUGGUCAUAUGGAUACAAUGUCACGAGGCAGACAUCAGAUAGGCCACUACAAAGAAGGAGAGGAGUUCGUACAGAAUGUCUUCCACGUUCUGUCCCAGAUAUUUACAGGAAAGGAAAAAUCUAACCUGGCCAUUUGUUGGCUACAGUAUGAAAUAUCUAAGGUAAUUCAGUGUCUCCAAGCAAAAAAGAAAAAGAAGCUAAAAGCACAAGGGAGGAAGAGUAAAAAGUUGGCCAAGAAUUUUCUUAAAGCAGCUGACAACCGAAACAACCUUUCUCUCUGGAAGCUCUAUGCCUACCUAGAGUGGCUGCUUGGUAACACAGAUGAUUCCAGGAAGGUGUUUGACACAGCUCUUUGCACAGCAGGGACAGGAGGGCUGCAGAGUGCUCAGCUCUGCAGCCUCAGCCUGCUGUACGCUCAGCUGGAGGCGGAGCUGCUGGAAAGUAUGGAAGGAGCUGUCACGUCACGUGCUGUUCACAUAUUGACCAAACUGACUGAAAAUGGACCCUACGUGCCCUACAGGGGACAGGUGUUGCCUGUGAAUGUCUUGAAAGCUCGUAAAACAUAUGAACAUGCACUGCAGGAUUAUUUAAGUAAAACAGCAGUUUCUGGUCAGGAUCAGGGCAAUGAUACUGAUCAGCUGGUUAACCUGGUUGGUUGUUAUGCUCUGUUUCAGUAUCUGACUGUUGGGAUUGAUGCUGCAGUAUUAAUAUAUACACAGGCUUCAGAAAAACUUGAAGUUUCUGGUUCACAGAAAUGUGAAAAUACUGGAGAGAAUUUUGGCAUUCUGAAUUUUCCCACUGCUCUUGAAGCUGUCACACUGCUGCAUACAAAUUUGCUGAGAUUCCACAUGAAAAUUAGUGUUUAUCCUUUGAAUCCCCUGCGAGAGGCACUAACAGAGGCUCUGAAACGGUAUCCUAGCAACCAGUCUCUUUGGAGGUCAUACAUCCACAUCCAAAGGAAGUCUCACAGUGCCAGCAAAGCACGAAGAUUUUUUGAUAGUGUCACAAGGUCUACUAAGUCUUUAGAGCCGUGGCUGUUUGCAAUCCAAGCAGAGCAGAUGAGAAAAAAACUCACAGAGAAGGUCCAGAGGGCAGAUGUUGGUGAAAUACAUUGCACUAUUCCUGAAACCGGAUUAACAAAUCGGAUUGUAGCUCUGUUUGAACAUGCAGUUCAGAGUGAAAAUGGUACCCAUUGCCCACUGCUAUGGAGAAUGUAUUUGAACUUCAUGGCUUCACUAGGAAAGAAAGAAAAAAGUAAAGGAUUGUUCUAUAAAGCCCUUCAAAACUGUCCUUGGGCAAAGGUGCUCUAUAUGGAUGCAGUAGAGUACUUCCCUGAGGAUGUGCAGGAGACGCUCGACCUAAUGACUGAAAAAGAGCUGAGAGUGCGGGUGCCUAUGGAAGAGCUGGAUCUGCUGCUGGAGAUCUAAAAGAAGACUGUAGCAGAGUGGGGGAAGUACAGAAGCUGCUUCCAAAGCUAACAACUAGAUCCAUCUCUUUUCAUACAGGAACUCUGUUGGGACUUGGGUACUAUGUACUUGACAUUUUUUGUUGUUAAAUAUUUUAUAUAAAUUCCUAUCACAAUGGAGUUCUACUACCUGCAAGUAUUCUGGAAUCAAUAAUGGAUCCAUGUCUCUGGGAUAGCCUCUUUAACAGCCUCCUGUUGGAAGCUGUCUGCAUUUCUUACUCUAUUGUUUGAAAUUACAUUCCCUAGAGUUCAGCAGAGGUUCAGUACAUGCCAGCUAUGGCUUGAUGAGCAGCACAGGAAAUAAACAUCUGCCAAAUGGAUGCUGCACUGUCCUCCAGCUGGCAGACUUCAGUGAUUUCCUUCAGCAUGGUAUGGCUGUGCAUAUGCAACUGCCAAGUCAAACAGCCAUUACAUCUGUACAUAUACUGUAAAAGCUAAAUUUUACUUUGAGCAGGCACCUGUUUUGGUAUGUUUUGACAGAUGACCAUUUAAAUGUAAAUCUUUCUGAAAAAUAUACCUGAAUAUUUAAAAAUUCAAAA